AGCAUGCCCCUCCUUAUUGCACCUCGGAUAGCACGACAGGCUGUUCAUUAUGCAUUUCGGUAUCGAUUUCCUGCAACGGUGACGCAGAGGACGCUACAUGUGACUGUUUCUGUGCAAGCGAAGAAGAGGAGCAAGGGUGUAGACGUGGAUGAAUUUGGGGAGGGUUUCGGUGAGGUUGAGGAGAUUGGCAACCAUCUAUGGGAAGAAACCUCCCCUGCCACUGCUGCAGAGACCUCGACCUCCCCCUCUGACAAGUCCGACAUCAUCGACGACACGGUCGGCUUGCCCGAUAGAAGGAAACGGUUCAGCGCGUUCAAGAAGAUAACACCUUCUGGAAAGACCACAUCGACUUUCCGGAAAUAUUACCGUCAUAUUACUGAACGACUGUCGGACACUCUCCCUGUCCACCAGCGACAGCGACUCAGUCCAACCUACUUGCGCAAGCUGAUCGCGGCUGCGAGAGUGGACGAGGAUUGGGUGCGCGUACGCACUGUUGUCGACCAGUGGCAAACGAGGAUGAAAGCUGAUCAGAAGGGGAUGGAGAAGGCGCUUGGGAACUAUUAUUGGAUAUUGAGGAGGAUGGCACCCGCCGAGAACCAUGAAGAACAGGAAAAGUCGGAGGUCAGCGUGAUUACGACAGAAAGCGACAAGGACGUGUUAGUCGACGGAGGAGCGGGUAUUCCGCCGGAUUACAGGGACAUCCGCAACAAGACUGAGUGGAGCAUGAUCGAGACUUCGGCCACAAGGAUGGGCCGUCAUCGGAUGAUGUUCAACGGCUACUACGAUCAGCUUAUGUCCCGCCUUCCAACAAAAGACGCCACGCUCGCUCCGCUCAAGAAUGUACGCCACAUGAUCAAUCUCUCACUGCAUCGUGGUGAUCUGGAGAGAGUCGCGGAGGUGCUCAAGCGCUGGAGGGAAUCCAUGGGAAGGCCUUACAGAAAGAUUGGGGAGGAGUUCAUUGGGCGCUGUAUGACCCUUCAUGAAACCCUGGUAGCAAUAAACGUUCUCACCAACCGAGCCGAUUACGGAAUCGACCUCCAGAGUCUGAAACAAGUCCAUAAGCUGUUCCACUCCAUCAUGCAGAACACCAGUCUGCACCCAGAGGAGUCUGUGGAAGCCGCUUUCAAGCUCGCUGCGAUGUCAUCGGCCAUGCCAUGGCGGCAUAUCAUGCAAGAUCCUGUCAGCUCCGUGCUCCUCAUCUCCAUUUGCCAUCGAGCGAGCCGGAGUAAAUAUGCUCAGACGAGUAUGGAGAAGGGUGCCCAGGUCCUGGAUGAACUUGGGGCGUAUAUCCAAGCGAGCAAGGACAAAUUAACACACAAAGAUCAAAAGAACAUUUAUCGAAAUCUCGGAUUCGCCCAACGUCCACAAGCAAUGGAGCUGGGUUCGAAGGAGAUGAAGUGGAGAGCUAUGAGUAUCAAGGCCGCACAGACAUUUGGCAAAGAACUGGGUCUCGAUGUCGGUUGGCUAUCGAUUCCCGAGAAGCCGGCAGUACAGCCCCAAGCAUAGCUGUCAUUUUUAAUAUAGUUAAGCUUAAUG